CAGAAGGUAGUUGCGACGGUUGCGACACGGUUAGGUUCGCGCACGCGACUGUCGUGACUACGGUUUGACUCUUGUCCCUACAUUUUUCGUCUAUAGCUGAGAAAAUGGCGUCUCUCGUGGGUGUCCGUCUUUUCAUGAAGAAUACCGGUACUUUAAGAAAUCCUAUCGGUCGAUUUUGUUUACGAUCUGCCGCCACACAACUUCAAUUACUUGAGAGGUCUUUUCACUGUAAAAGGCAAAGUACCAUCACAGUUCUGCCACAGGUAAAAACUGAGAGUAUUCGUGCAUAUACCACUGAAGCCAAAGUUAAGAAGGUUGAAGAGCGUGUAUUAAAAGGCAUAAGGGACACACGAGUCAAGCAGGUGCGCCACUACAGCCAUAAGCCACCACUAACAAUUGACUAUAUUCGCCAACGAGUACUUUUAGUACUAAAUCUCUAUGAUAAAAUUGAUCCUAAGAAGUUGCAAGUGGAUUCUCAUUUCAUAAAUGAUUUGGGCUUGGAUUCCUUGGAUCAUGUAGAAAUUAUAAUGGCUGUAGAAGACGAAUUCGGUUUCGAAAUACCAGACAUAGAUGCGGAGAGACUAUUACGUCCUACGGACAUAGUCCGUUACGUCGCAGACAGAGAAGAUAUUUACGAAUAAACAACGCUAUUAUUUAUAAGGAUGCAUUAGUCAACUUUUUCCAUUUUCGAAGCAUUGUAUAAAUAAAAAGCAGCAAUUGAACUUUAUCACUGCUUCGCGAGCCGCAUACUUCUGUUUUUUCUGUAUAUAGACAAAAUUGUUACAAAAAUAAAUUCUUCUAUUAGAUUAAAA